GAAGCCUGCCCCGACCGCGAUCGUUGGUCAGUAGAACGCUACCGUUCACGACGGUUAAACGCUUUUUCGCUUGCUUGCGCGCGCGUGCUUCACCAAACCGAACCCUCUAAAAGAAUCCAAAGCGGUUGUUUGACUUCGAAGAAAUGCAAACAUUCUGAUCAUUGAAAAGUGCAAUUGCAAGUUGUUUGGAUUCGAACCGGCUUACAGUCGCCACACGCAGUGAAUCAAAGUAGCGAUUUCCGAAGUGCAAUGUUUUGAUUAGUAAAAUUUCGCAAUAGUGUGAUUGUUACAGUACAUUGGUUGAAAAAUUUACUCGUUGAAAAAAAGAAUUUAUGCAAACAAACACGACAAUGACUGCCGAGUCGUUGAAACCGUUUCUUAGUGCACCGAAUGCUUUGGGAACUCUACCGAAGGAAUGUGUGGAGCGGAAAACGGUGAAGAGCUGUCUGAUUAUCUGCGGCAUUGUGAUCCUGUUUGGGCUGGCAGUUUCCGUUGUAGGCCUGGAGAUAUGGAACAUAAACAGGAUCACCGAUCUGCAACGGGAGGUCGACAGCCUAAAACAGCAAAUGCAGGAGCUGCGUCAGCUACGAACGAUUGAAAAUCUGGAGGAUUUUAACGAGUUCGAGGAAGCGUACGAUUCCAACGAAGUGCACUCCUCGGACGAGUACGAAGAGGGAAACUUUGACGAAAGUGAAAGCGACACCGAGGAAGGCAGCACCAGCGUUUUCGGCAUUCCGGACGGUUUCCCAAUAGACGACAUGGAAACGGAAAUCAGUGUCCAAAGCACCUCCAAUACGAUCGACGGCAAACGAAAAGCCCGUUCCAUCAACGGAUUGACCUACCAGGGGGUACCGAUUCUCGAAGAGUCCUACAUGAACCGGCACCAUCAGCAGAAUCGAACCCGGCAUCAGCUCCAUCAUUUCCACCAGGGUGAACCUCACUACCAGCAGAUGCGACAGCGACCGGAGGAAACGGCCACCCCACCGCCUCAGCUGAAGCUCAAGUGGGAUGAUGAAUCCAACAGGGAAAUUCCAUCACAUCACCAGUUGAACACCGGCACUGCUGCUUCUGUCGCUGCUGGCAGGCAUCAUCGUAUUACCAUCGAAGCCAGGAGGCACCACAAUGUUCACCGGCCGGCUUUUACCACCCAAAGCACCAUCCCACUUCCGUCGUCCUCCUCCUCCUCCUACACGACCCACCGGAAUGACUUUAGUAAAAGCGAAAAAUUCCCCGGAAACUCAAAAUCGAACCUGAUUGGACCGGAUUAUACCACCAAACCACCGGGGCCGACCCAUGACCGGCGCAGUCGCGUGAUGAUGACCAAUAACGGGGAGAAUAAUAAAUUCCAGAAGGUCAUCAAAAAUCCGGGCACUUAUAUGGAAUCCAGACAACCUCCGAUGCAGAAGGUAGGCCGCUUGAUGCGGAAAUCUUCAGCUCCAGCUCGAGUGACCGCUCUCCACCUGGCCAAGUACCAUCCCCAUUACUCUACCCUCCGGGCCACCAACCACGUCAACUGGCAGUGGCAUCCGGUCGACACAGUCAACCAGGAAGCUCUGAACUCACCCGUCUUCAAACUUUCCCACGACGGAGUGCUGACCGUCAACGACACCGGUCUGUACUUUGUCUACGCUCAGAUAACCUACGCCGAUCAGCACUCAGUCAGCGGAUUCAACAUCCUGGUCAACAACAGGAGACACGCAUCCUGUUCCAUUCACGGCCAGCAAGGGAAAAAGACCAACACGUGCUACACGGCCGCCCUGGUAGAUUUGGAUCACGGUUCACAGCUUGAAAUCCGAGACAUGGACGAGGGUCAUGUUCAUUUACCCUUCCAGGAAAAGACCUUCUUCGGACUAUACAAACUGGGCAGACGGCCCACGGUGCUUCCCGGUAACACUUAAGCAAACUCGCUUAGGCGAGUUGGUCAUACUCCCCCUUGCUACCCAUGUGUACAUAUAGCAACUCAAGUUCUAAUCCCGUAGCUCUAAGUCGCACUCUCUAAUGCACUCUCAUUAUGAUAUAUGUGUCCCUUUAUGCUCUUUUGUUAUCAAUAUGUACGGAAAAUGUAUUGUGAAUGUGUUAUUAUUGCCCUCAAUGUUGUCGUGAUUGUUUAAAUACAAAAGUUCUGGAUUCAAAAUACAGAAAAGGA